CCUCCACCGAGCAGAAUAUGGUUGCUGUAUCCAAGACCCUCAUGGUAUCGUCGUCCAACGACAUGAUCGACAGCGGCAAGUGCCGCUACAAGACGGGCAAAUGCCUCAACGACCGGUCCUUCAAGCGCAAUGGCCAGUUCCAUCAACUGUGCAUGUUCCAUCGAGAAAAGGCCAACCGCAUCCAACGCAAGUUUGACCGGCAAAAGCGCUCCGUCGCCAAGGAAAACAAGACCGGCGGUUCCCACCACAAAAACGGCAAGGUCGACACGACCAUGUCCGGCCGCUCGUUUGGUGCGCACCGUGACUGUGGCGAGUUUUUCUCGGACACGGACUCGUACGACGGCCGCCUCUCGGUCGACAGUUGCGACGGCAUCUUCAAAGACGACUUGUGGAGCAGCAGCAGCAGCCCCAUGUCGGACUAUGGUAUGUCCAUCAAACUCGAGCACGUGUGCGACCCAGAACCCGUGCCAGUCAACUCCCCUGUGACCCACCAAGGGCGUUUGUCCGUCGACGAGAUCGACUUCCUCUGCUCGGCCAUGUUCUAAGGCCCGAGCGUGUACCAUAGAUAGGUGUUUCUUGUGAUGCCGUCUGCAUCGAGUGAUUAAGUUAAGACGUGUUUGUGAUGUUUCCAA